AUGAAUGGACGCCAGCUAUAUGAGCAUAUAGGCAAACCAAUAACUAUUGUUGCUCCUAUGGUGGAUCAAUCUGAAUUAGCUUGGAGAAUUCUAUCAAGAAGAUAUGGUGCAGAUUUAUGUUAUACCCCCAUGUUUCAUGCAAAAUUAUUUGCAACGCAAGAAAAGCAUCGAGCUUCGAUGUGGAGUAAAUUUGAUGGAGAUAAAAAUAUUGAUAGACCUUUGGUUGUUCAAUUUUGUGCCAAUGAUCCUGAAUAUUUAUUGCAAGCUGCAAAAUUAGUUGAAGAUAAAUGUGAUGCUGUGGAUUUGAAUUUGGGUUGUCCUCAAGGUAUUGCUAGAAGAGGUAAAUAUGGUGCUUUUUUAAUGGAUGACUGGGAUCUAAUUUUUAAAUUAAUAAGAAAUCUACAUGAUAAUUUGUCAAUACCAGUGACUGCAAAGAUAAGAGUAUAUGAUGAUUGGGAGAAAUCUUUACAAUAUGCAAAAAUGGUUUUAGAAGCAGGUGCUCAGUUUAUAACAAUACAUGGCAGAACUAGAGAUAUGAAAGGUCAAAAGACUGGGUUAGCAAAUUGGAAAAUUUUAAAACAUUUAAGAGAUAAUUUACCUAAAGAUCAAGUAUUUUUUGCUAAUGGUAAUAUAUUAUAUUCAGAUGAUAUUCAAAGAUGUAUAGAGUCAACCACUUGUGACGCCGUGAUGUCUGCUGAAGGAAAUUUAUAUAAUCCUGGCACAUUUUGGACCAAAGAUGAUGAUAUUAAUAAAAAAUUCCCUAGAGUUGAUAAAUUAUUGAGAGAAUAUUUCGAGAUUGUAAAAAAGUAUAACACUUUGCCAAACAAGAUAUCAUUGAAAUCGCAUUUUUUCAAGAUAUUACAUGCAUUUGCACCAAAACAUCCCGAGUUAAGACCUUUGAUAGGGUGUAUGAAAGUUCAUCAAUCAUCAAUGCAAGAAUGGGAAAAAAUAGUUGAAAAUGUAGAAUCCAUAGUUGAGAAGAUCUAUGAAGAUCCAAAUAUUCAUGAAAUCGAUGUGAUUAAGAAAGGAGAAGCUGAAGAAUGGGGCGGUACAUACAAAGAAGUUCCUUAUUGGAGAUGUCAGCCAUAUUUUAGAAAAAUUUAUGGAGAAGUUUUAUGUGGUGAUCAACUAAAAGUUGCAGCAAAUGAUAAUCCGAUCAAUGAAGAGAAUAAAGAAAAUCGAAAGAGAAUUCAUGAAAAAGAAGCUGAACUGCCGAACAAAAAGAAAUAA